UUGUAGAACCCUACACAAUCCUGAGCGUGGCCACUGACCACUCUCCCUCGUAACACAGACCAGAACCUAACAACUUUAUCUUGUAAUUCUGGCGCAAAACAAAACGGUGGCAGAAUAGAAGAAAACAGAAGCGAAGAGAAGAGGGUCAUUCAUUCGCUACAUUUCCAAUCUCUCAACUUCUCAACUUCUACUGCAUCGUACCCACCACCACAGAGCUCAAGAGUUAUGGGAUUGGCUUCUGUUGUUCACAAUUGCGUUCAAUUUCCAUUCAACUUCGAUCACCGCUUCCACAGGGUUUCACACUCACCUUCCAAAUGCUCUCAGCUUCAUUUUGUUCACCACCCCAUCUCUACCUUUUGCUCCGUGUAUCAUCAUCGUCGUCCUCACCGUGUUCCGGUUCAAUUCUUCAGACGAAUUUUCCAGAAUGCUUCAGAAGUAAAGAAGAUUUGUGCUAAACCAAAUGAUGGCAAUAACGACCUUGAGACAUCUCGUACUCAGACAUCAGUUGAAACUUACAACUCUUCUAUUAGAACUGUAGCCUUAUGGGUGUGCGCUGCAGUGGUAUUUGGUAUUGGUGUGGGUUUUAAAGAGGGUUAUGACAAGGCAGCCGAAUUCUUUGCUGGAUACAUAUUGGAGCAAAGUCUUUCAGUGGAUAAUCUCUUUGUCUUUGUUCUUAUAUUCAAAUACUUCAAAGUGCCUAUGUCGUAUCAGAGUCGUGUACUUUCCUAUGGUAUUGCUGGCGCAAUAGUCUUUCGCCUGACAAUAAUACUCCUUGGAACAGCCACUCUCCAGAGGUUUGAGGCAGUCAACCUUCUAUUGGCUGCAAUAUUACUCUACUCGUCAUUUAAGCUAUUUUCCAGUGAAGAAGAUGAGUCGGACUUAUCGGAUAACUUUCUGGUGAAGACAUGCCAAAAUUUGAUCCCUGUAACAACAUCUUAUGAUGGAAACCGGUUCAUAACAAAUCAGGGUGGGGUAUGGAAAGCCACCCCUUUGCUUCUUACAGUAGCCGUAAUUGAGCUCAGUGACAUUGCAUUUGCAGUUGACUCAAUACCUGCAGUUUUUGGUGUAACACGGGAUCCAUUCAUAGUCUUUAGUUCUAAUCUUUUUGCCAUUUUGGGUUUAAGGUCACUUUACGUGAUAAUUUCUGAAGGUAUGGCAGAAUUGAAGUACUUACAGCCAUCCAUCGCUGUUGUUCUGGGAUUCAUUGGGUUUAAGAUGAUCGUCGACUAUUUUGGAUUCCAUGUCUCAACGGAGGCAUCUCUUGGUUUUGUAGCCUCAAGUCUUACCAUCGGAGUCGUAUUAAGUCUGGCAAACAAAUCUGACUAGCUUAGACUAAGUGCAUGCUUGAAUCAACUUAUUUUUUCUGAUUAUCAAUUUUGAAACUCAGAAACUUCUUCUCAGAAUUGAUUAUGGCUUCAGAAUCAAUUAAAGAAAGAUUUCCAAACAUGCACUUUCACUGGAUAGAUUGGGCUCUAUGUGGUUGCUUAUAUUUUACUCGUAAGCAACCGAAAGUCUGACCCUCAUUUUCUUGUAAUCCUUGUAAUAAGAAAGAUUUAUUUAA